AUGGGAAGACAUCCAUCUGUAGUGGAAAGGGCUUUAGAAGAUAUAGGAUGGAGCAAAUAUCAUAACAAGCUAUUCUUCAACUGUAGUUUUGUACGUUUUAUUUAGGGAUGGGGUUGUGCGCUUAUGUGGCUAAGCACAGUUUCAAAUAUUUUAACAGAAAAUAAAGAUUUUGAUGUAUUUGAUAAGGCGAUUUUAGGAGCAGCUAUCAACUUUGGGGCUUUUAUAGGGUGCUUUGUCUUUUCCAGCUUAUCUGAUCAUUAUGGAAGGAGUUUUAUCUUCAAAAAAAUAACAAUCGUCACUUGUGUCAGCUCAAUUAUUCUUGUUGUGUCGUGAAAUUUUUUAACAACCUUAUUAGCUGUAAUAUUUCUUGGUCUUGGAAUUGGAGGCGAUCUUUUUGGUUUUCUUUUUUCCUUUACCUCCCCUUGAUUAGUGGUCAUUUUUGCUCUGAUAUAAGGGCCUGUAUUUUUUACUUUAUUGAUUGUUAAUUUUAGUUCUAAAAAAUCGAAAAUGUUAAUAUUGAAAAGGAAAUCUAAUUUCACUAUAAAUUACAUUUUAAGAGUUUAUUUUAUCUAAAUAUAAGGUUAGGCCAAUAAUUUCGCUGACUAAUCAAGGAGGAGAGUUAAAAAAUAUCUUCCUCUACCAAUUUCUUCAUUAAUAAUUGAAUUUUUUAAUAGCAUUCAGCUUAUUUUUAGUAAAAACUAAAUAAUUAUUUUAUUAAUGCAAAAAAAUAAAAUAGCAAAAAUUUUUACCUUAUGCCAAUCUUUCUACUCCUCCAUCUGUCAUGAUUGAAAGCAUUCCUCCAAGUUAUCGAAAAAGAGUCGUCUUAAUGAAUAUGGGCUAUUGUAUAGGGCCUAUGAUAAGCCAGCUCAUAGCGCUUGCUAUAACUCUUUGAUGGAGUUUUCCAAUAGAAAAAUGGAGAGCCUUAGCUGGAGCUAUAGCUAUCAUAACAGUAAUUAUUGCUGUCUUUAGAGACGAUGUCAUGGAAAGUCCAAUCUAUCUCUUUAAACAUAGAGACACGGAGUUCAUAUCAGUCAUUGUAAAAAUCGCACAAAGUAAUAACAGAUUAAGCUAUGAAUAUAAAGCGCCUCUCUUAGUAGCUCACUCCUCUCCUUCUGCUAACAAAUUAAAGAGUACUAAUUAUAUAAUAACUCCCCCUUUGCGGAUCAAUAAAACCAUUGGAACCCUUCUCGAGCGAACAAAAAUUGUAAUGAAAAAAAUUAUUUUAUUAUAUAUAAAUCUUUACCUAAUUCUAUUGAAUUUUAAACAGCUUGCGUUUUAAAUAUAAAUUUUACAAAUUAAUUAUUUUUUGUUUCCAAUUUUUGUGAAUUAGGAUUUUUUAAAUUUUGAAGAAAAACAAACUUAGCGAAUGAACAACAUUUUUUGUUCCUCACGGAGGGCAGGGGAGUAAGACAUUAAUUUUAUAAUUAAAUUAAUUUUUCUAAAAUGAGCAAUAUAAGUAUAAUUCGUUGCACUAAUAUCUGAUCGAGUUCCACAAGUGGAAAAUUUCUUCACAUGUGGCAUUUUCGUCUCAUACAUGGAGACAUUCUCACCUGUGGUACCCUCCAGAUAUUAGUGCUACGCACUAUAUAAAAAACAUGAGUAUUUUGUUUACAAAGAGUUAGCAUUCCCGACAUUCUAUGGAUGAAUCUGAACCUAAAGCUUCUAUCAAAGAUAUAUUUAAGAGCCCAAACUUAUCUACAACACUAAUCCUAUCAGCCUCACAAUUUUUAUUUUACUUUGGCUUUGUAGGAUGUCUGCUUUCAUUUCCUCAAAUAUUGGCUUCAAAGUCUAUGGAAACAACUUACAUAGUCUUAAUUUCCCAACAACUCUCAGGAUUGCUAGGGCUGAUUUUAGCAUCAAAAAUGGUCGAUUCCUGCUUUGGGAGAAAAUGGACUAUAAGUGUAGGAUUCUUUUUCUGCGGUAUGAUGGCAUUUCUAUUUAUAUUUGCAGAAAAUUUUUAUGUUGUAAGAAUUAUAUAGUCAAUAGUAUUUUCCAUGCUGAUUUACUUUGGGUUGCUGAUGGGAAUUGCGUCUAAAAACUUAAUAACUCCAGAAAGCUAUAAAGAAGAUUUAAGAGGUGCUGGAGUUGGAUUUGUGAUGGCAGUGUCAAGAACAGGUGGAAUUUUAGUGCCUAUUUGGGCUGGAUUAAUAACCAGGAUUUUUGGAUAUCAAUAUACGACAGCUUCAUUUGGGGUAAUUUUUAUCCUUGCUGGGCUGAUAAGUAUAUUUUUAAAGGAGACAAGAAAAAUAAAAUUCAAGCUGCCAAAUACAAUAUUAAUCUCUUAA